UUUGAUAAUUUCUAUGAACAGGUGCCCUAACAACUUGCAACAUCAUGUCAUAUUAAAAUGGAGUUCAGACAUGCAGCAAAAGCACAAUUACUUUAUGACCACAUACAAACUUGAGUAUCCCUGAUAUUAAGUAAAUCUUGACCACAGAGUGUUGAAUGCAGGAAACUCAUAAGCAUCUUUUAUGAACAUGGAUGGGAAUUUGCUGACAUCCUGUGGUUAAAAUAAGAACUACAAAUACUAGGAAACGUCUGUACAGAUUAUGCAACGAAGAGACUUGAACAAAUGUCACUUUACAUGUCCACCACAACAGGAAGUGGUCACAGAAAAUGAACUUUGCACUGCCUCAACUGCAGAAAAAGAAGUCAAACAGCGACCAGUAAAUGUAAGCGCAUGUUGCGUUUUAACCCGGUUAAGUAACUUUACGACGCUCCCUAAUCGCCACCUCUACCCUUGCCUUUACUCGAGUUAGCUGCUGUAACUGCAGCAUGCGCUGGGUAAUAACAGGAAGACUGUGCACGUUUGGGCAUAGUCACAUUAUUAAAGGCGUGUCACGCAUUUACCGAGGUUUGCAGCUCGUCGAAACAUGUCGUCUCAAAGCAAACGGCCGGUGUCCUUACUGGGAACUUCGGCGUGUUUGGUGGACGAGCCGACGCCGAACAGAGUCUGGACAUGGUGAAGGCUUUCAUGGACCGGGGACACAACCUGGUGGACACAGCCUUCAUGUAUGUGGACGGGAUGUCAGAGACGAUCAUCGGGGGCAUGAAUCUCCCUAAAACAGUAAGCAUUGCGACCAAGGCCAACCCCUGGGACGGGAAGACGCUGAAGCCAGAGAGUGUGCGCUCUCAGCUGGAAACCUCGCUUCAGAGGCUGCGGACAGACUGCGUGGAUCUUUUCUACCUCCAUGCCCCUGACCACCAAAACCCCAUCCAGGAUACCCUCAGGGCCUGCAAUGAACUCCACAAAGAGGGAAAAUUCAAGGAGUUUGGCCUGUCAAACUAUGCAUCAUGGGAAGUUGCUGAAAUUGCCACAAUCUGCAGACACAACAACUGGAUUGUUCCCACUGUGUAUCAGGGAAUGUACAAUGCCACAACAAGACAGGUUGAGACUGAGCUGCUGCCGUGUCUGAGAUACUACGGGAUGAGAUUCUACGCAUACAAUCCUCUAGCAGGAGGCCUUCUGACAGGAAAGUACCACUACCAGGACAAAGACGGUUCCCAGCCGGCAGGACGAUUCUUUGGUAACAACUGGGCUGCAGCGUACAGAGACAGAUACUGGAAGCAGAGUCAUUUUGAUGCGAUCGAGCUGGUACUGAAGGCCUUGGAGGCAGUUUACGGCUCAGAGAAACCCACCAUGACGUCGGCUGCUAUGCGCUGGAUGUACCAUCACUCCAAACUUAAGGGUGAACUUGGAGAUGGAGUCAUCAUUGGCAUGUCAAGCAUGGAGCAACUUCAGCAGAACUUGUCUGCAGCAGAGGAGGGUCCUCUGGAUGAGAGAGUGGUCGCUGCCUUCAAAGAGGCCUGGAAUCUCGUAGCCCACGAGUGUCCCAACUACUUCCGCUGAAGAGCCUAAAUCUCUGUCAGAUUAAAUAUUAUCCGAGUUCAUACAGAGAAGAGAUCUGCUAACGCCUCUUUACUUCAGUUACAUACUUACAUACAUUUUCCUGAAAUUACAUUCAGAAUUAUAUUCUUAUGAAUGGAUCAAUCAAGAUUAAGGCCAGGAUGUAUUAAUGUGAAGAGCACUUCAUUGUUGUCUGUGCACAGAUGUAAAAAUGAAAAUUUUCACAGGAAAAAUGACCUUUUCUAGAGUCUGCCUUAAUUAAACUCUUACAUUAAAAAGAAACCAAUUUUCACAUAAA